AACAAUAUUCAUGAAAAGAAAGUGUACCAGUACUUAGUUGCAAGCUGUCAAGCUCAUAUAGACACGGCUUUGGUACUUGUCUCGAUGAUUGUACAGUAUUUCACGGCUGGCUCGUGUUUCUGUUGAAUUACAUGGCACACUGAGGUUUUCGCGUCCAGUGCCUGGCACUUGUACCAGCGGUUCUUGCCAGUGGGAUCGUCAACAAAAAAUCAAGUCACAUCAAGCAACAGAACGAAAUCUACGUCGGGUCCUAUUUCAUGUAUAUCGGAUGGCCACCAUUAUGCCUACUGCGACUCGCUCGACCCCGGAUGAGUCCGAUAGACAACCUACACAGGCUGUCCCAUCUACCUUGGCUGCGCAACUAGCCCCGCGACUGUCAUCCCAAGGAAGCCAGGCUCAUCAUCUUACCAGAGAGACGUUCUACCAACUCCGGCAAGAGCUUAUAGGAAGCAAAUAUAACAAGACACGCCUUGACGAUAGUGUCACUGAUGUUGCCAAAUUAGUCUACAUUGUUCUCAAAGCCGGUCUAGAGACGAGCGCCGAGGGGGAACGUUUGAACGAUGACAACUUCGAGGGUCAAGUGUUUGACUGCCUAGAUAUCAUAGAGACCGCGGUUGGAAAGGCACCUCAGUCGUUGACAGAAAUUCCUGAUCCCGACAUUGUGGCGGAAGGAGCACAUGCGCCGUUAUAUGUUUGGCUGGUCAUUCAGCUCAUUCGCUUGCUUGGUAUUUGUGAAAAUGACAAGAUCAAACGGAGAGUCAGUGGCACGUUUACAAGCAUAAUCUGUACACAGUAUAAGAACACCAGAAUCUGGAAUGACUGCCAUUCAAUCCAAGGGUUUCUGCGAGCCUGCACCAAUGACACUUUGCUUGCUCUUGAAAACCUCACCGCUCAUGGGCUUCGAGGUGGACUUACAGCCUAUGUGUCUAUACCCACACCUACGGGCACUCUAUUGGAUGAUUUGGACAGACUCGGUCUUGCUCGCGAACUGUUCGAUAAAAGGCUCCGACUCGGAACAGUGGCUAAAACCUUUGACAUAGCAUUCUACUUACUUGAGACGUUCAACUUCAAAGACUCAGAUUGUUCCGGGGCUGUUGAAGAACACCCAGUGAGUCGGCAGUCCUUGGGAUGGGUUCUCAACGGAUACCAACGAUUAGGGAGAGUAAUCUGCAUCUGGCUUCACAAAGCCAAACUAGAUGAGAUGGACACCAUGGGUGAAACCUCCGUCAAAUUGCUAGGCCGCAUUCGAUCAUACUGCGCAUCUGGGUCUUAUUUAUCAUCAGGCGUGAAGCUAAUUCCCGAUUUGCUCCAAAUCGUAAACGACUUUCUAGCACUGGACAAUCUGAGCCAGUUUACUGCGCUGCAACUUGAGCUGAGCAGAUUCAUCGAAAGUGUUACUGGCUGCUCUAAUGCAACCGACACGUAUCCCACCUGCAUCAGAAAUCAUCUCUUGCCAACAUUGCAAACGAUCAAGAACGCAUCUAAUGACCAUCUUGAGCCAAGUCUCCAGGUUGCAGUGCAAAAUUUUCUGAAAAGCUUUCAGCAUGACGCUUCUCAAUCUGGUGCCACAAGUACCAUGAACGCGAGACCCCUCGACAACACUUUCUCUGGAAGCUCAACGGAUCCAUGUCAUACCAUAGAUGAGCAUAGACAUCUACAAACGCCCAAAAAAAUAUCUCACUUGUUCCCUAACGCCGAGUCAAAAGACCAAGAUGUAGCGCAGGGUCUUGUCUCUGGGUUGCUCCAAUUGUUGGGGUACGAGGAUAUUGAGCGUUUGGAAGAUCUGACAGCUAAUCUAUCCAACUCAUUUGAUUCACUAAAUGAGCAGGUGAAGCACCAAGUUCUUAUUUUCAUGAACCAGAUACCAUGUGCUUUGGGCGGGAGGUUGGAGAUCACAGAGGGACUCGGUCUCAAUGCUAAAAUAUUCUGCAAUGUCUGUGACACAGAUGAUUAUGAGCACUCUUCUGGAACAGAAUGGAAGUGCUCUGAAGUAGGUGAGUUAUGCAAUAUGUUAGUAUGUAUAAUCCCGAGGCUCUCGCGUUCCCCCAAACUCAGGAUAACUGCCAUGGCUGCAUUAAGAAGGAAUCUGGUACAUGUACCAUACUCGUCCCAUUUACAGCUCACAUCGUCUGUGUUCGGCGAGUUCUGUCUACAUUCAUUGCGGAGUUCGGUCAGAGAACUGAGAAUAGCCACUGGAUAUUCGAUAAUCGCCUUUGUGAACAAAGGCCUGGACCGCGAGACCCGCCGGCGUAAUUUCGUUUUCAUUCUGGACUGGCUAAAGGGCCUUUCUGACAAGCAGGAAACGACACUACAUGAAAGUUGUAUAUUGACCUUAUGCCGACUCGCCAAGGCAUCCGGGGAAGAAGAAUUGAACAUCAUCCUUCUUCGUCUCGUAGAGUAUCUAGGGCAUCCAAAUCCUUUCAUAUGUGCAAUCGUCUAUACUGAACUUUCCAAACUUGCACAAAACCUCUCGUCUACCCCCGCCAGCUUAUUACGACCUUUCUGGCGAACCAUCUCUUUAACAGUCAUCAAGAAUUUCCAAUCUCGACCCCAUAUGGCUGAGCAGCUGUGCGAUCUUCUGGGAAUGAAGGUCGACGACUAUCUUCGGCUGACUGAAAUCCACAUCCUUCCUUACUUGGUGCUCACACGGAAACGAGAUAUCAUUGCUAGGAUCGGAGCAACUUACAACAGUGGCAAAACGCCAUUUGAUAUUUGCUCAGAGAAAAAUAAUCUCGCAGCAAUCCUUGCCUUUCUUCUUAUCCAACCCUCAACGGAUCCCGAAGGUAUGGUCAUGUCGACUUUGUCAAAUGUUGAUUCUGCGUUUGAAGGCCGUGCCCUAGCAGAAUUAGUGAGGAUUGAACCGAUCCUGAUUACAUGUGAUCUGUUGAAAAGACUUGGAGAUUCCGGUGAAGACCAGAAAGCAAGAUUUCACCAAGCACUUCAUCUCUUAGCCCGACUUGUUCCGCGGAAAUCUACUUCUUCAGCAAGAAAGUCUAAUCUUCUGGGCUACUUUAUUGAAGAACAUGUCCUUGGUAUCAUUACGCAGUUUGCUCAUGCUGUCAAUGAUUUCCAAAUAAGACAGUCCUUGAUUGAAAAGAAACGGAACAUCGUAGCUAUAGGGGAAAUGGUCAAAAUUGCAUCUGGCCAUGUUAGUAGUGCCCUACCACAGAUAUGUGCUUGUCUGCGCUCUGCGCUCGAGAUUGAUGACCUAUGUAACACUGCUUUCAAGAUCUGGGCAGUACUGGUGAGCUCUCUUCAAGAGGAAGAGAUUGAGCCCCUGAUUGAUCAAACUCUUGCCAUUGUUAUCAAAUACUGGUGCAUGUUCACCGAAGACACAAGAGCAUGCGCUUAUGAUCUGGUUGAAUUUAUCUUGAGAAAUCAUAAUGGGCUGGUGCAGGAAGUCUACAGUACUAUGCCCUCUUUGGCCUCCAUUCCAGCCAUGUCCCCAUUCGAAGAUGAGAUCCAAAGAAUGAAAGGGCAAAUGGAUGUUCGGACCCAGUUUUUGGCAUUCAUUCGUCGCUGUCAAAGUGAGAAUGUCACAGUGGUUGAGCAAAAUUUGACUGAGCUUGUGAGUUAUCUUACAAAACAUGAGGAAUUCCUCCAUAUGUCUGUUCUCAGUGAGCAACCAGACCCAGUCGUCCCUCAAUUGGUACGGUCUUUGCUUGACUGUUGUGUGAAGUUCAACACAAGCUCCAACUCCGUGACCCUCCUUUCUGCUCGAUGCUUAGGUGUAAUCGGUUGUCUGGAUCCUAAUAGGGUGGACACAAUCAAAGAAAAGAAGGACAUUCUUGUCUUAUCAAAUUUCGAUAAAAUGGAGGAAAGCUUUGACUUCAUUCUCUUUUUCCUUCAACAUGUGCUUUUUGAAGCAUUUUUAUCGGCCUCUAAUACGAGAGCGCAAGGUUUUCUCGCAUAUGCCAUGCAAAACUUGCUGAGGUUUUGCGGUCUAGACUCGGCUGUCACUCAGAGGUCUCGGGACAUACAAGCAGAAGAAAAGUAUCACCGUUGGCUCGAGAUUCCAGAGACCGUUCGCAACACUUUGACCCCUUUUCUCACCUCAAAAUACACAGUGACAGUUGGGGCUGUCACCUCGGGCUACAAUUAUCCGUUGUUUUCCCCAGGUCUAACACACGGUGAUUGGCUGAGAUGCUUCGUACAAGAUCUGCUGCAGAAAGGGAGCGGUGAUAAUGCGCGGACAAUCUUCAGUGUUUGCAGUCGCAUUGUAAAAGGCCAAGAUAUCUCGAUUUCUGCAUUUCUCUUGCCAUUUGCAGUGUUGAAUCGCAUUGUUGGGGGCACUGAAGGUGAAGUCAAAGAUUUAUUACAAGAGCUGACUCUGGUUCUAUCCCACCCUCUUCCAGAUACAAGCAAUAAUCUCUCCGAAGCCAUAUUACUCUGCAGCCAGAGUGUUUUUGAUGUUCUUGAUUACCUUUCCCGGUGGUUGCAGGGCAAAAAGAAGCAGCUGAAUAGUCUCCGAAAUCACACAAGCCGCAGUAGCCGAGAGGCUUCACGCGACUUGGCAAUAGGGACGUACUUGUCGCAAGUUAAAGCAGUCGAGUCUCUUUUGGCCUCGAUACCACCUGCAAUUAUAUCGAAGAGAGCCGUUGAAUGCAAGUCUUUCUCUAGGGCUCUAUUUCACUGGGAACAGUACAUCCGUUUAUCCAAGGGUCAACCGGAUAGACAUACUCCUGCUAGUAUUGAACCGCUGUACCAGCGCCUUCAAGACAUCUACAGCCAGAUCGACGAGCCAGAUGGCAUUGAGGGUAUCUCUACCCAUUUGCAUGUGCUCAAUAUCGAUCAACAAGUUCUUGAACACAGGAAGGGGGGGAGAUUGGCGACGGCUCAAAGUUGGUACGAGCUACAACUUGAAGAAGAGCCUAGUAAUAGUGACGCCCAGUGGAAUCUCUUAACAUGCCUCAAAGAAUCAGGGCAGCAAGAUGCUAUUCUCAAUCGUUUUGAGCUCCUCGGGGAGACCGGGUUGACUUCCAAAGUGUUACCCUUCGCAGUUGAGGCUUCUUGGGUCACGAGAAAGUGGGAUAAAUUGCACCGAUAUCUUCAAAUCUGCCCCCAAGAGACCACGGGAGAUUUUGACAUUGGCAUUGGGCUGGCUUUCGACGCUUUUCGUAAUGGUAACAAAGCAGGGUUCAAAACUAUCGUCAAUGAUCUACGACUGAGCGUUUCCAAAUCACUGACAGCCAACUCCAUCACGUCGCUGCAAUCAUGCCACGAUAACAUGUUCAAGCUACAUGCCCUUAUGGAAAUUGAGUCCAUAUCCAAUCAUGGGAAACAAGAUAAUGGGCACUCAAGAGCACAGGCAGUCUUGAGCCGCCGGCUAGAUUCUCUAGGCGGGUAUAUCUCUGAUAAGCAAUACCUUCUAAGUCUACGAAGAGCGGCAAUGGAACUCAAUGGCACCUUCACCGAUUCAGAUAUAGCUGCCACUUGGCUAGCCAGUACCCGUCUCUCAAGGAAGGGAAACUACACCAACCAAGCAUAUCAAUCAAUGCUUCACGCAGCCCGCUUAAAAGAUCGCUCGGCUACAAUAGAGCACGCCAGGCUACUCUGGAAAGAUGGACAUCAUCGGAAAGCAAUACAAACCCUAGAAGGUGCAAUUGCGGCCAACGAAUUCAUCUCAGACAAGUCUAGUUCGGUUGAACCCAGCUCGAUUUCUCUGUCUACUAGUCGCGAGAAGCACCAGAACAUGCUUGCUGCAAGGGCCCACCUUUUGCUUGCAAAAUGGACGGAUAGAGCUGGGCAGACUCAGUCGGAGGUAAUAGUUCAACGGUAUCGUGAAGCCAUCAAACUCCACUCAAGGUGGGAGAAGGCCCAUUAUUAUCUUGGGAAGCACUACAACAAGAUAGUGGACUCUGAGCGAGCCAAACCUCUGGGGAAAGAGGCUCAGAUAUAUUUGAGCGGCGAGGCCUCGAAGCUUGUAAUCGACAACUAUCUUCGCUCGCUAGCGCAUGGAAACAAAUAUGUUUUCCAGUCAUUACCAAAGGUCUUGACACUGUGGUUGGAACAUGCAUCAGCCGUGGACCAACCGCUCGACCCAAAACUAGGAGAUAACGAAGAAUUCCAAACACACACCUUGAAGCAACGGAAGAAGAGCCUCGAUGAUAUGCAUUCACAUUUGAAAAAAUACGUGAAUCGGAUGCCAGCUGCUUUACUUUUCACCAUUCUCACUCAAGUUGUUGCAAGAAUUUGCCAUCCAAACACCGUUGUUUACGAUUUGCUGGCGAAGAUUGUAGCCAAAGCAGUAAAUUUCUUCCCCCAGCAGGGACUAUGGACCGUGCUCGCCGUGGUCAAGUCGUCUUCCAAAGACAGGGCCUCACGCGGCAUCAAUUGUCUCCAAAAAAUAACAGAUGUCAACAAAAAGCUCAAGGCCGAAUCACCAUCAGAUAUGCGUGCAAUGAUCAAUCAAGGACAAAAGUUCUCCGAGGAGAUGCUGCGGCUAUGUGUAGCACGCAUCGAGGAUAAAACAUCGAGGAUAAGUUUGGGCCGGAAUUUGGGAUUCAAUCACAAAGUAGCGCCCUGUCGACUUGUUGUGCCAUUUCAAACUAUGUUGACUCCUAGUCUACCUGCAAGCCAUGAGUCUGAGUACCUGAAGGGCUUCAGAGCUUUUCCCAGAGACCCCACGGCAAUUGAUGGUGUGCUUGAUGAAGCUCAGAUCCUAAACUCGCUUCAAAAACCCCGGAAAAUCAGUAUUCGAGGUACAGAUGGAAAGAUAUACAACAUCCUUUGCAAACCAAAAGAUGACCUUCGCAAGGACCAGCGCCUUAUGGAGUUCAAUAAUAUGAUCAACAGGUUUCUCAAGCGGGACGUGGAGUCAAGUAAACGAAGGAUGUACAUCAAAACAUAUGCCGUUACUCCGUUGAACGAGGAGUGUGGGCUCAUCGAAUGGGUCGACAAUCUGAGGACAUUAAGAGAUCUUAUCAUCAAACUACUGAGAGAACGAGGCAUUACACCCAACUACAACGAAAUCAGGCAUUAUCUCAAUGAGGCGUGCUCUGAUGACUCGAAAACCUCACUGUUUACGACCAAGAUCUUAUCCAAAUUUCCCCCAGUUCUACACGAGUGGUUCGUGGAAAUGUUCCCGGAAACUGGGGCGUGGUUUGCCGCAAGGCUUCGCUACACUCGAUCCUGUGCCGUCAUGUCCAUGGUCGGAUAUGUACUUGGACUAGGGGAUCGGCAUGGAGAAAACAUCCUCUUCGAAGAAGGCACUGGUGGUGUGUUGCACGUUGACUUCAAUUGCCUUUUCGACAAGGGUUUGACGUUCGAUAAACCUGAGUUGGUUCCAUUUCGUCUUACUCCAAAUAUGGUGGAUGCGUUUGGUGCUUACGGAUACAAUGGGCCAUUUCGUAAAACAUGUGAAAUCAGCCUCGACAUAUUGCGCCAGAACGAAGAUGCACUCAUGACAAUUCUGGAAACAUUCCUGCAUGAUCCGACAACGGACUUCAUUGGUAAAAAGCGCCGUGCCCAGGCAAAUGUUCCAGAAACACCGGCAGGUGUUUUGGAGAAUGUUCGCAACAAACUUCGAGGCCUGUUACCCGGGGAGUCUGUUCCCUUGUCCGUUGACGGCCAUGUGGAUGAACUGAUAAUGCAAGCCACCGACCAGAAAAACCUGGCUGCAAUGUAUAUCGGUUGGUGUUCUUUCUUUUGA